AGAACCCAUCAAACCAAUCAACAAUUUCUGCUCCAACUAAUCGUAAUUUGCCGCACAAAAACAUGCCCUUUGUCCUGUCUGAUGACUGCAGCCUUCUUGAGUCUUGAACCAAUUGUAGUUUUAUCAAAGUCACAAGUCACCACCUUCUUCACAGAUUCGCUGCUAUAAAUUGUUUGGAAGGCAUAGUCAAAUGAGAAUUUGUUUUGAUUGAAUUAUCUAGGUAAAUGCUGGCAGAUAAUCCUAUGAUGCGAGCAUUUAUCGAGGCAAUCCAUUCAACACCUACUCAAGCUGUUCUCUACAUCGCCGGCGGUGCUUCGCAUGCUAUUGGAUGGUUAACAUCAAUUCCUGGAGCAUCUAAUACUGUUCUUGAAGCUGUAGUUCCUUACUCUAGGAUGUCUAUGAUCCAAUUGUUGGGGAAGAUACCAGCACAAUUUGCAGAUUUGCAAACUGCAGAAGAAAUGGCCCUUGUUGCUUAUAAUCGAGCACUCAAGAUAUGCAAACCAGGUUGUCCUGUUCUUGGUGUUGGUUUUACUGGUUCUUUGGCUACAAAUCGUCCGAAACAGGGGGAUCACAGGUUUCACUUAUGCACCAGAACAUCGAAUCGCAUUUGGCUUUCUACUGUCACCUUGUCGAAGGGACUUCGAACUCGAGAAGAAGAGGAAAUUCUUUCUAGUCAGUGUUUGCUCAAGGCAAUUGGUGAUGCUAGUAAAGCUCCUGUAGGCUUUGCUUCAGAGUUGAACACAUUGGAUGUAUCUACUGAAACUGAAAAGUUGUUUAGUGAAGACGAGGAGUUAGAACAACUUUUACAUGGGAAAAUAUGUUUCAAGGUUUACCCUUUUAUAAGUGGGGGACUGCCCUUGAGUGCAGAAAGAAAGAUAAUACUUCCAGGUUCAUUCAAUCCUUUGCAUGAAGGUCAUUUACGGCUAAUGGAAGUCACAAGCAGCUUGUUAGGAAAUGGUUAUCCAUGCUUUGAGCUUUCGGCAGUCAAUGCUGAUAAGCCACCUCUAACAAUAUCCCAGAUUAAGGAGCGUGUAAAGCAAUUUGAGAAAGCUGGUAAAACAAUAAUAAUAUCAAACCAGCCCUAUUUUUAUAAAAAGGCAGAGCUUUUCCCUGGGAGUGCUUUUGUAAUUGGUGCCGAUACUGUGAUCAGGCUUAUUAAUCCAAAGUACUAUGAUGGAAGUUAUAACAGGAUGAUAGAGGUACUCCUUCAAUGCAAAAGCACCGGGUGUACAUUUAUUGUUGGUGGCCGAAAUGUAGAUGGUGUUUUCAAGGUACUUGAAGAUAUUGAUAUCCCCGAUGUUUUAAAAGACAUGUUCAUCCCUAUACCAGCUGACAAGUUCCGCAUGGACAUAUCCUCUACAGAUAUUAGACGAAGCCUUGGAAUGAUAUAUUUAUAAAAUGUGGAAUUCCAAAAAUCUUUUCCCCACCUAGAGAGCUUUCGAGUUUGAUUUUUGGUCGUACACCUGAAAUCUAUUUACUGUACGGAUGAGUAUGCUAUUGAAACGUAUAGUCUUUUCUGAAA